GCCCUUUCAAUUGGUGUCCAUUGUUACGCGCACUCCCUAUCUUCUGGAUCAUUCUGCCACCUGAUACCCGAUCUCGACGCGGAAACUAGGUAUAGAUUCCGUGUUUCCAGCCUGCGGUGUCGGGAGAUAACUGCCUCUUCAAGAGGAGCAGGCCGAUCGCCCUUCAAGACUCAUGCGCUACAUCUCUCUCUUACCAGCAUGGAGACCGUGCGCAUGCUCGACCAAGGCCAAUUCGCAGAGUCGAAAUGGGGUGAUUCCCGUACUCAGAUCGAGUGUUGGCCGACAUGCCGGGCAGAGAAGAGCUGCGUGAGACCAUGCGGGGAUCAUCAUGAUCAGAAUGCGGCGUCUGUCGCCUCAGUGGUACGAGAGAUCGCUGCACCCGUCAGUUGCAAUAGAGCCAUUGCGACGAGCGAUGGCAAGAAGAGUCUAUCAGAGUCCACCGAGAAGUCUUUCUACGUGCUGAAGAGCACAGCACUUGAUGAAGUCGAUCUCCAGGUGCCCAAUAAUGGAUAUUACGAGGACCCCCCGCCUUCAUACGGCGAAGCUGUAACCGAUCUCCCCCCGGACUACUCCACUCUAGCUUCGUUCGCCCAUCGGAAAGAUCUGUCCGAUGACUCGGCACCGGCGCAAAUCGCGUCGAGCUCAAAUAAGGAUAAGUCCUCGUCUCGACUUAUCGACUUUGACAAGAUCCAGGGUGUUCGAGAACACGCAAAGAAGAAGAAAAAGAACCCGCCACAGCCACAACGUAAGAAAAGCCCACCGCCGGAUGAGGGUGGAGACAAGCAGGAUCAGGGGAGUGGUGACGACCAGAAGGGCGAUAAUAAUGGCAACGACGGGGGCGGUGAUGCUGGUGAGGGAAGCAAUGGAGGGGAUGACGGCAACGGCGGAGGUGGCGACGGCGGCGACGGUGGAGACGGUGGAGAUGGUGGGAACAACGAAGACGACAAUGACUGGGACGCGUGGGCUACGACCACCACAAAGAGCAAGAAAAAGAAGAAGAAGCAGGAGGAAGAAGAGCGACUGAAGAAAGAGGAGGAGGAAAAAGCGGCCAAGGAAGAAGAAGAGCGACUAGCCAGGGAGGAGGAAGAGAGACUAGCCAAGGAAGAGGAAGAGAAAAGAGCAAAAGAGGAGGAGAAGAAAGCUGCCGAAGAAGCUGCAGCCGCCAACAACCUCAGCUGGGCGGACGAUGCCGACGGUGCAAACGAUGACAGCUGGGCUGGUUUUACCACUGCAAGCAGCAAGAAGAAGAAAAAGAAAGGCAAGGGCGCCGAGGCUGUUCCCGAGGCUGUGCCCGAGGUGCCUCCCCCGCCUCCAACGAAUGGGUUUCAGGAGGUGAGCCUAGGUGAGAACGUGCCGCAGUUGGAUUUAGGUCUGCCUCCUCCAACCGGAGAUGUCGGUUUCAGCUUCGGUGGCUGGGACAAAGGCUGGGGCACAGGUAACAAAUGGGGUCUGGACACUUUGAAUGGCGCAAACGGUGCGACACCCGAUAAAGGCAAAGCAGACAACAAUCCUUGGUCAUUUGCCGCGAAGACUACAAGCGUGGGAUUCGGGUUUGGAGGCAUCGACGAACCUAUUGGCACCGAUAAUGCCAUCAGUAGCGAAAAAGAGACCAAGCCCGAGGAUGACAUCUGGGGUGGUUUUACCAUGGGCAAGAAGGACAAGAAGAAAAAGAAGAAAGACGCGGAGGAAAACCUUCCCAAAGACCUUGAAUCUGAGCCAGUUCAGGAGCCAGAACCUACGCCAGAACCCGAGCCGCAGGCGCAGCCAGAGAAACUUCCAGAGAUAGCCGACGACGACGACUGGGGCUGGGGAGCACAACUCUCGAAGAAGGACAAAAAGAAGAAGAAGAAAGAUGCUCUGCUUGAAGAAACUGUACCUGCGGAGUCUCCUGCGCCUGAACCACCGGCAGCGGCUGAGACUGCUCCCCCUGAGGACGACUGGAAUGCUUGGACUUCUACCUCCAAGAAGAAGGAUAAGAAGGCCAAGAAAAGUGCCAUCCUCGAAGAGCCCGUCGUGGAGGAGGCAGUUGUCGAGGAACCAGCUCCAGAGCCGCCGGCUGAACCCGAACCUGAGCCCGUCGAAGAAAAGAAAGAAGAAGAUGAUGAUUGGGGCGCCUGGGGAUUGUCCAAGAAGGACAAGAAAAAGAAGAAAGGCAAGGCUGCCGAACCCGAGCCAGAGCCAGAGCCGGCACCAGCGCCGGCACCUGAACCUGAGCAAGAACCAGUGCCUGAGCAAGAACCAGUGCCAGAGCCAGAGCCAGUCCUCGAACCCGAGCCCGAGCCCGAGCCCACGCCUCCAGCCAUACCCGAUAAUCCUCUCUACAAUAAUUGGGAGAACUUGAAUUCCAAGGAUCGGAAGAAGAGAGAGAAGCAGCUGGUCAAGAAAGGACUUCCAAUCCCUGGCAAAGAUUUCGAAUGGCCUCCUCCUCAACCCGCUGAGCCUGAGCCCGAGCCCGAGCCGGAACCUGAGCCCGAGCCAGUGCAAGAACCUGAAACUGAGCCCGUACCUGAGCCUGUAGAGCCAGACCCUGAACCUGAGAUUGAGCCCGUCCCCGAGCCCGAACCAGAGCCAGUUGCUGAACCCGAACCCGAACCCGAGCCCGAGCCCGAACCAGAAACUCCAGCUAUUCCAGACAACCCUCUGUACGACAACUGGGAAAAUUUAAAUUCCAAGGAACGGAAAAAGAGAGAGAAGCAGUUAGUCAAGAAAGGGCUUCCAAUUCCUGGCAAGGAUUUCGAUUGGCCACCACCUCCACCUGCUAAGCAUGAGGAACCUGCCCCGGAGCCAGAAACGGUUCCUGAGCCCGCUCCUGAGCCUGUUCAUGAACCCGAGCCUGAACCUGAACCUGAACCCGAACCUGUUGUGGAACCCGAGCCCGAGCCGCUACCCGAACCUGUACCAGAGACCAUCGAUGAACCUGCGCCUGCACCCAUACAAGCCGAACAAGUCUAUGACGAAGCGAGCUGGGGUAUCUGGAGUACUGGGAAAGACAAGAAAAAGAAGAAAGGUAGCAAGAUUGCAGCGGAGCCACCUCCCCCCGCACCGACUCCACCUUCUCUAGGAUUCACACAUGAGCCAGAAGGAUAUGUGCCUACAGAGCACGUGCCCGAGGAGCCUCUCUGGGAUGAAUAUGAUGUCAAGCCUCCCAAGAGCACUAGCAAGGGAUUUGGGAUAGAGGAGACACCAAAGGCUUCGAUGGGGUUCUGGGCCACUCUUGGAGCAGCAACGAUGGGUAAACCGAAGGCGACGAAAAAGAAGUCAGCUGAGAAAGCCAAGCCCAUAGAGAUUAUGCAGGAGCCGGAGCCGGAGCCUGAACUGGAGAGCAAGCCCGCUGACGAUGACUUACUAAUCGACAUUGGCGGUGCACCCCAGAUGCCAGAAGCGCCAGAAGCGCCCGAAGCGCCAAUGCCACCAGUUGUCGAGGAACAAGCCGCCCCGCCAACAAAGACUCCUGUUGUCACCUCCAAGACCAAGUCAUCAGCCAAGCUGUCCGUCGCUGAGCGCAUCAAGUCUCUUGAGCAAGCGAGGAAGGAUAAAUUGAAAGAGAAAGCGGGGAAGUCUAAGGCAAAGGAAGUCGUGCUGCCUCCACAAGAGGAAGUUGUUGAGCUUCCUCAGGAAGAGCCCAUUGUUGAUAUUGAGCCUGAGCCAUAUCGACCGAGAAAGUCUUCGCGUGAUCUGGUCCCUGGAAGCUUUCCCGACGCGUUUGACGACGAGUACGACGAUAUUCCCCCACCCCCUGUUCCGGAACCCCCCGUUCAGGGGCUUGAGCCUGAACUUGAGCCUGAACCUGCACCAGAGCCUAUUCCUGAACCUGUACAGCUGGAACCGGAACCAGUACCAGAGCCAGUCGUGUUGUCAAAGAAGGCCAAGAAGAAAGAGAAGAAGAAGGCAAAGGUGAUCGAAGUAGAGUCUGAGCCUGUUCUUGUUCCUGAGCCCAUUCCGGAGCCAGUCGCGGAGCCUGAACCUGAACCUGAACCCGCCCCAGCCCCAGUACCGGAGCCAGAGCCCGUAAUAGAGCUUGAACCCGAGCCUGAGCCUCUUCCGGUGCCCGUUUCCAAAACUGAGAAGAAGAAAAAGAAGAAGAAGGUCAUUGAGCUAGAGCCGGAGCCUGUCCUUGCUCCAGUCGUGGAAGACGCCCAUGUCCCCGUUCUGGAAGAGCCCGAACCAGUGGCUGAUAUUCAACAAGAACGCGACACUAUACCGGAGCUCGAUGAGGCGCCUGCUCCAGAAUUUGAGAAGCUAAAGAAGAAGAGCAAGAAGGUAUCCAGCCUAGAACAGGCUGUACUUCCGGCAGAUCGUCCGCCGGUUGAUGUAGGUCACGGUGGACCUCCAACGCCCCCUCCGGAGCCUAUCGAAAGCCAACCUGACAAGAUGCCCAGAAAGGAGCGCACCCGUGUGGAGCGUACCCCCGGUCCUGCUUCGUGGGGAUUCUGGGCUGGCGCCCCUUCUAAGAAAACGCCCCAGAAAGAGUCUAGGCAUCGGGGAGAGCAUUCCCCGCCACUGAUGGUGCGGACGAGGUCAACCAAACACAUUAAAUCCCGGGAAGGUGAGAAUGAGGUCGAAAAGUCAUCUACUUCUGACCGGGAUCGACGCAGAGAAGCCCGACAUAGCCGAGGUAUGACAUUCUCCCACUUUAUCCUGGGGAUGCCCCCUCCGUCUCGGAAGAAGUCCACGAAGAAGUCUAGAGCCCAAGCUCCAAGGCCGAUAUCAAGACGCCCCUCCGUAGAGAUGAGCAAUGAUGUGAAGGAUACUAAAUUGCCCACGCCGCCACCAGACAACCACCGAGACAUGCCGGAUAAAGCUGCCAGAACGAUGGGUACGAACGGUUCUUCGACACGAGAGACAUUUCAUGCAUCUCGCAGGCGAUCAGCUGUGCCUGAUCCGUAUGCGAUUGACGAGGAUGAUAUCGUCAUGGUGGACAGAGAUGAUCUCGAUGCUUCUGCACCCCGAGAGGGCGGUUCAAGAGGAUCGCGGCAUUCCGACAGACGGUCUCGACACAAGUCGCGGUCUCGACAUGACGAGUUGGAUGACAGGGCCAUGCUCGACGAGCUACAGCAAGAGGGUCCAGAAGUCGUAUCUGGGCCGGAUGAUAUUGCAUUUGUGGAACCUCCGCGGGAACGACGCCUCAGACGGUCAAACACGGCUCCAAGAAAGCCAGAGCCCGGUCCGGGUGGUCUCAAGGGGCUUAUCGGAUCUUUACGGAGAACGGCCCGCCCCGAGAUGCCAGAGCGUCACAAGUAUCGCUCUUACGGGGAUGAAGAUGCCAGGUAUAUGACCGAACCAGAGCGCGGCGAGUCUCGUCGCAUGAGACACGAGAGCAGACGGAGACGACAUGAUAUGCCGGAUAGGGACGGUGAGGGGUUCCUCACCGAUGCUCCGCCGGUAGAGGCAUUCCCCGAAACGGAUGCAGAAGAAGCGGAAGCAAGGAGGGCGGCACGCCGAGCCCGACGAGCUGCGCGGCAAGCCGCAUCUGAUCAGCUUCGCGAGAGCGAAUGGCGGGAGGCCGAAGAGAGGCGCGCUCGGCGCAAAGAAAGAGAAAUGGCACGGGAACGCGAGAUGCAGGAGCGGCAGCUGCGUGAGGAGGAGGAAAGGGAGGCCGAACGACGACGGGAGGAGCGAAGAGCUCGCCGGGCUGCCCGUGAGGAGCGGGAGCGGCGUGCCAGAGAAGAGGAAGAGGCCCGUGAGGCCGCCGAAGCUAGGGCUGCGCAGCGCCGCGAGCGCAGGAGGCAGCGAGAGGCGGAAAUGUAUGACCCCACCCAGGAGUCUGGCAGAUCCAAGCGCCGGUCCAUGCCCGUCGACGAUCGAGCUGCCCGAGAGUUCUACUUCGAUGGCAUGAUGGAUGCCGAUCAGGCUGCCCCUUCCCCACCUCACCACUAUCACCACCACCCGGAGCGAUCUGCCGACGGCGAGCGGUUCAGGCGUCGGAAGUCCAGGGCGCCUCCUCUCGAUGCGGAGAGAUUCCGGCCAAUCAUGUCCGGAGGCCGCAAGGAUAAGACUUCGUCCUGGAUCGACUCACAGGCGGACGAUCCGCCGGAACCCCCACCCGUGAUGACUACGGUGCUAGAUAUGCCCGGAGGACCCGAAGGGGCCGCAAACGGCGGCUCGAUCUCGUCGGACGAAGAGGCGCGCCGUGAACUGCGCCGCCGGGCUCGUCGGCGAGCCAGAUACCCCGGGCUGACGGACCAGGAGAUCGACGAGCUCCGUUCCCGGAAACGCGAGGUGCGACGCUCCGAGCGGAGUUCCGGGAGUGGAGACUACGAGCGUGCGCGGGGGAUGCGGUCGCCGUAUGAAGGCCGCUAUGAAGACCGCUACGCACCGCCCCCGGUCAGCAAUGGGAGAAUGCCCAAUUGGUUCCGCAAAUUGACCAAUCUGGGAUGAUGAGGUGACGCAUGCAGUUCCAACGGGCUUGU